AUGUCUAUCCUGGAGCGCUUGGAGCAGAUGGAGAGGAGGAUGGCAGAGAUGGCCAGCCACCAGCAGACGAGCAGGGGAGGGGGAGGGGGAGGAGGCGGAGGAGGUGGAGGGGGAGGCAACAACAACAGCCAGUCACAGUGUGUAUCUGGCCAGAUGCAAGCGAGCAGCUCCUUCGAGAGCCGCGUCGUGGUGGUCUGUGAGAAGAUGAUGAGCAGAGCUUGCUGGGCCAAGUCCAAACAUUUAAUCCACUCCAAGACCUUCAGAGGCAUGACACUCCUUCACCUGGCUGCCGGCCAGGGCUACGCUACCCUCAUCCAAACACUCAUCAAGUGGCGCACCAAACAUGCUGAUAGUAUUGAUUUGGAGUUAGAAGUGGACCCGCUGAAUGUGGAUCACUUCUCCUGCACACCUCUGAUGUGGGCGUGUGCUCUGGGUCACCUGGAGGCAGCAGUGGUCCUGUACAAAUGGGACAGACGUGCCCUAGCUAUCCCUGAUUCUCUAGGCCGCUUACCCCUGUCAAUUGCCCGCUCUCGUGGCCACACCAAACUGGCCGAAUGUCUGGAGCAGCUACAGAGGGAAGAGCAGCAGCCACCAGCCCCUCUACCACCCACGACUCGCAUGUCUUUCUCCCCGGGUCCCGAUGCCCCCACCACUGACAGCUGGAUGGUCAGCUGGGCAAACGACAGUGUAGUCGCACCCAAUGGCAAGAAAGGAGGUCCUGCCACCACUACAACCACAUCCACCACCACCAGCCUCAAUCCAGGCACCAGCCUGGGGAAGGAGAAACUGGUCAACCGGUUGCGUCAGCGGGAACAGCUAGGCAUGCUCGUGAUGGCAGACAGAGAAAUGGCUGAUGCAGAACUGCUAACCUAUCGGGACGAUCUGGAGAACCAGGACUGUCUCACACAGAUGGAUGACCUGCAGGUAAACAUGAUGACUCUGGCAGAGCACAUCAUUGAAGCAACACCAGAGAGAAUCAAGAGGGAGAACUUCACCGCUGCAGACGCUGUGCCCUUAGACACGUCAGGGGUCAGCAACACCAUGAACUGGCUGGCCAACUACUUGGGAGAUGUGGAACAGCUCCCGAGCAUCCUACACUUACGAUCUCUUUAUAACGAACCCCUGACCCCAUCAUCCAACCCCAGCCUCAGUCCUGGCGGGUCUCCGCUGAGAGAGGGACCCCUGGAGAGGUCCACACUCCCAUCCCCAGCUGACUGGAGCGAGUUCAUCAAUGCCUCCAACAGCAAGGUGGAGCGAGACCUGGCCCAGCUGACUCUGUCAGAUCCAGAGCAGAGAGAGCUGUAUGAGGCUGCCCGCCUCGUCCAAACUGCCUUCCGCAAGUACAAGGGACGGCCGCUCCGAGAACAACAGGAAGUAGCUGCUGCUGUUAUUCAACGAUGUUACAAGAAAUACAAACAGUAUGCACUUUAUAAGAAGAUGACGCAGGCCGCCAUCCUUAUCCAGAGUAAAUUUCGCAGCUACCAUGAGCAGAAGAAGUUCCAGCAGAGCAGGAGGGCCGCCGUGCUCAUUCAGCAAUACUACCGCAGCUACAAGGAGUUUGGCAGGCUGAAGCCCCACCACCGCGGGGCAGCUGCAGCCCUGGUGCAGCACAAACUGAGAGGUAGUCUGCUCACAAAGAGGCAGGAUCAGGCUGCCAGGAAGAUCAUGAGGUUCCUACGUCGCUGUCGCCACAGGGUGAAAGAAUUGAAAAGGGCCAGGGAACAUGAGACCCCUCAGAAGAGCCCCCUCGCGAUGUGACAUCACUCUCCUGACUCCUCUUUUCUUUUUUGUUUGUACCCGAGACAUUUUACAAGAGAAAUGGAAAAAAAACAUCAAUGCAAGCACUGCAAUUAUUACUACUUCUGCAGUG